AUGGGUGCUCAUGAGGGAAGCCGACCAUCGGCCCAGCGCGUCGAGCCGGGCUCCGUCAACGUCGCAUUGGGCUCUUACCCCGCAACCUCAACAUCGUCAGACGUCGAUGCAGCAAAGGUAGCGCAGGAUGUCAUCUCGAGUCUGGCAAAUGCCAUUGCAGGGGGGAACUCCGCUGCAAUCGCAAAGCUAUUUUUGGACGACAAAAGCUACUGGCGAGACCACCUCGCUCUCACAUGGGAGCUUAGGACUCUGAAAGGAAGCGAUAGAAUCUCUAGUUUCGCGGCUUCGAGCAGGACACCCCUCACGAACAUCAGUAUCGACACUAGCGAACGCCACAGACAGCCGAGGUUUGGACCGAUAGAUGGCGUUGGAGAGGUCAAUGGCAUUGUGACAUACUUCGAUUUCGAGACGCAGAUUGGACGUGGCCGAGGCGUGUUAAACUUGGCCGAAGAGAAUGGAACAUGGAAGGUCUUUACCAUCUGCACUGUUCUGACAGAGCUGAAAGGGAAUGAGGAGCCUACAGGGAAGAGGAGAGCAAAGGGCGUCCAACAUGGGGGAGAUCCAGCUCGCAAGAACUGGCGCGAAAGGCGGGAGGCUGAAAGCAAUCUGGAAGGCAUUGAACCCAAGGUCUUGAUCAUUGGGGCCGGUCAAGGUGGCCUUGCUGCUGCGGCUAGAUUGAAGAUGUUGAAUAUUCCGUCGCUGAUGGUGGACAUGAACGAACGGGUGGGGGAUAAUUGGAGGAAGCGGUAUCAUCAACUCGUACUUCAUGACCCUGUUUGGUACGACCACUUGCCUUACAUCCCUUUCCCACCUCAUUGGCCGGUUUUUACUCCCAAGGACAAACUCGCCGACUGGUUCGAGUCGUACGUGAAGCACCUGGAGCUCAACGUCUGGACAUCCACUAAGCUCACAUCGUCAUCAUGGGAUGAAAGCAAGAAACAGUGGACAGUGACCGUAGAGCGCAAGCUUCCCGAUGGCUCAACAGAAACGCGGACUUUUCACCCCAAUCACAUCAUUCAAGCGACGGGUCACUCAGGAAAAAAGAACUUCCCGAACCUGAAGGGCAUGGAAACCUUCAAGGGUUCACGUCUAUGCCACUCGUCCGAAUUUUCCGGCGCCCGCCCGAACGCGCAGGGCCGAAAGGCUGUCGUAGUCGGCUGCUGCAAUUCUGGUCACGACAUUGCGCAGGAUUUCUACGAAAAGGGGUACGAUGUCACCAUCGUCCAGCGCAGCACUACUUGCGUGAUCUCAUCCGAAUCUAUCACAGACAUCGGGCUGAAGGGUCUGUAUGACGAAGAUGGUCCGCCAACUGAAGAUGCAGAUCUAGCUCUAUGGUCCAUGCCAAGCGAAAUCAUGAAAACACUGCAGGUAAAGGUAACGAAGCUGCAGAACGAGAAUGACAAGGAACUUCUAGGUGGACUGCGCGCCGCGGGCUUCGGCAUCGAUAUGGGCGACAUGGAGUCCGGACUCUUAAUUAAGUAUUACCAGCGCGGAGGUGGAUACUAUAUCGACGUUGGAGCUUCAAAACUUAUCAUCGACGGCAAGAUCAAGGUCAAGCAGGGCCAAGAACUGGCGCAAGUUUUGCCAGACGGCAUAGAGUUUGCAGACGGCUCAAAGUUGGAGGCUGAUGAGAUCAUCUUCGCGACUGGCUACCAAAACAUGCGGACUGAAGCAAGGACUAUCUUUGGAGACGAGGUCGCCGACCGUGUAGGAGACGUUUGGGGCUUGAACGCCGAGGGCGAGUUCAGGACGAUGUGGCAACAGUCGGGACACCCAGGCUUUUGGUUCAUGGGAGGCAAUCUCGCGAUUACCAGAUACUAUUCCAGGCUUCUAGCGCUGCAGAUUAAGGCGAUUGAGGAAGGAUUACUGAAGAAUGAGUGUCAAAACGAGCAUGCGAGACUCUAG